AUGCUGAGGCGGUGUGCUCUCUGGGUGCUGACGCACUCCCGGGCCGGCCGCGGCUGUCGCCGCUACGGUUCGUGCUCGGCGAGCGCUAGUGGCGACGCUCGGGAAGCGCGAGCCUACUUCACUACACCCAUCUUCUACGUGAACGCCGCGCCGCACAUCGGGCACCUGUACUCGGCGCUGCUGGCGGACGCCCUGUGCCGCCACCGUCGUCUCCGAGUUCCCAGCUCUGCGUCCACGCGGUUUUCCACCGGCACGGACGAGCACGGCCUGAAGAUCCAGCAGGCGGCAGCCACCGCGGGCCUGGCCCCGAUCGAGCUGUGCGAUCGAGUAUCUGCCCAGUUCUUGCAGCUUUUCAGGGAGGCUGGAAUCUCCUCCACCGACUUCAUCCGCACCACGGAGGCUCGGCACCGGGUAGCGGUGCAGCACUUCUGGGGUGUGCUGGAGGCCCGGGGUCUGCUUUACAAAGGGCUCUAUGAAGGAUGGUAUUGCGCUUCGGAUGAGUGCUUCCUGCCCGAGGCCAAGGUCACUCGGCAGGUGGGUCCGACCGGCGAUCUGUGUCCCGUGUCUCUCGAGAGUGGACAUCCUGUCUCCUGGACCAAGGAAGAAAAUUACAUUUUCAAGCUUUCUCAGUUUCGAGAACCACUCCAGCGGUGGCUUCAAAACAAUCCUCAGGCAAUCACACCGGAACCAUUCCAACAGGCAGUUCUUCAGUGGCUGGAGGAGGAGCUGCCUGAUUUGUCCGUUUCCCGAAGGAGUAGCCAUCUGCACUGGGGCAUUCCAGUUCCUGGGGACGACUCGCAGACCAUCUACGUGUGGCUGGAUGCCCUGGUCAACUACCUCACUGUAGUUGGCUACCCAGAUGCAGAUUUCAAGUCUUGGUGGCCAGCCACAUCUCAUAUCAUAGGUAAGGACAUUCUCAAAUUUCAUGCUAUUUACUGGCCUGCCCUUCUCCUAGGGGCAGGAUUGAGGCCACCACAUCGCAUCUAUGUCCACUCGCACUGGACGGUGAGUGGCCAGAAAAUGUCCAAGAGCUUGGGCAACGUGGUGGAUCCCAGGACUUGCCUUGAUCGCUACACUGUGGAUGGCUUCCGCUACUUUCUCCUUCGGCAGGGGGUUCCUAACUGGGACUGUGAUUACUAUGAUGAAAAGGUGGUUAAAUUGCUGGACUCCGAGCUGGCAGACGCCUUAGGAGGGCUUCUAAACCGGUGCACUGCCUACAGAAUAAAUCCUUCUGGGACCUACCCAUCUUUCUGUGCUGCCUGUUUCCCCAGUGAGCCAGGGUUAAUGGGGCCAUCAGUUCGUGUGCAGGCAGAAGACUAUGCGCUUGUAAGUGCAGUGGCUACUUUACCCAAACUGGUAGCGGGCUAUUAUAAUGACUUUCAGAUCUAUAAGGCUCUGGAGGCGGUAUCCAGCUGUGUUCGGCAAACUAAUGGUUUCGUCCAAAGGCACGCACCAUGGAAAUUGACCUGGGAGAGCCCUGAGGAUGCACCCUGGCUAGGUACCGUGCUUCAUGUGGCCUUGGAGUGCUUGCGAGUGUUUGGGACUUUGCUUCAGCCUGUUACUCCAAACUUAGCAGAUAAGCUGCUGUCAAGACUGGGAGUCUCUACUACAGAGAGAGGCCUUGAAGAGCUCUACUUCCUACCUCGAUUCUAUGGACACCCAUGCCCCUUUGAAGGGAGAAAAUUGGGACCUGACACUGGGCUUUUGUUUCCGAGACUGGACCAAUCCAGGACUCGACUAGUGAAAGCCCAGAGGACCUAGGAACUCAGCUCUUACUGGCUGAUGGUAAAAGAUCAAACGUAUUCUUUUUGCAUUUUUCAGUAAAGUCAUAUUUAGAGAGUGUGUAUCAAAUGAACACAUAAACUGUGUCCUUAAGAACAGAGUGAUUCAGGUCCCUAACUCAGUCCUUUUCUCAGUGCCAUUAACCACUGUUCUUGUUCGUCUGUCUCCAGGAGAAGGAUGGUUGAGGGCAGGACCAAGAUGCUGACACUGUUCCUUCUCAUUGCACCUCCCAACCCAGGGUCCAGACUACCUCUCAGGGCUUCUGCUCCUAAGGCUAAUUUAACACAGACCUUCCGUCAACUGAAACUAGGGUUGCAAGUGCUUGCCCUGUUUUUACAGGUCAGACCUACUUUGUUAAAAUCAGAGUCUCCUGUUAAAGAGUUUUUUUUCCCUUCGAACUUUAGGAACCAAUGUCCUAGACUAGAUGAGUUUUGCCCAUGUUCCUUCUCCUUUUCUAAGUUGCUACCGUUCUGAUUGUCAGCCCAGCAGUCGUGCUUUGUAAUACUACACUCCAUCCAGUAGAUGGCUCUGCUCUCACAUUCAGCUCCUUAAGAGUGUUCGUUCAGAAGACAAUUAUUUUCAGCUGUCUAAUUCACAGAAUUUUAGAGUUUUAUUGUUUUUCUUUUUAAAGUUUUCCAAAGGAUAACUUUGGAAACACUUCUACUUUAACAACACAGACACUAGAAUUCUAAUUUUAAAAUUACUAAAGUGACAAGUACAAUAGGUAAUAAGUAAAUAUGUCAGAUUUGUUUAUAUGAUAAAACAAUAAAGCUCUUGAGGCGCACUGUGUAUUACAGAUAAUAAAGUUUGGUAACAGUUACAUGUUCAUCCAUAAAGCCCUCAAAAGGGUUGUAUUCUCUGUUAUUUCUCAUCCACACAUACACAACUUACUUCAUGAUUAUUUUGAUCAAUCAGGAUACAUAAUAUAGGAAUGAUAUAAUAUUGUAAUUAGUAAAUUUAUGUCAAAAUAGUUUUUGUUGAUUACUUUUGAGACAAACUUUCAUUAUGUAGUUACUAUCAGUCUCCUGCCUCCAUCUUUCAGGUGUUGGGAUUACAGGGUGUGCCACAUGCUUGUCUUUUAACUUGUUAUUAAAGUGUGAUUGUAAGUACCUUUUUUA